AUCUGCGUAGCACGUUGCACCAUGUGCACUUGCACGGAUAACCCAGCGAUUAGAACGAGCCAUUAGGAGUAUGGUGUAACGAUGAACUAGAAGGGGUUCGAGGAAACCCGUUUUUGAGAAACUCUCAUGUCAAGCCAAAUAGCCAAUGCAUUAGCUAUGGGUUCUCCAUGCUCACCCCAUACCAUCGACACUUGACCACUGGCACUUACCAACAAAACGACAUCUCAAGCGAAAGAGGAGAGAAAUUCAGCUCGCCAUGGAGCUCGCAACGGGCGCCAUGAGCUCCCUCCUCCCCAAGCUCGCCGAGCUCGUCGAGGGAGAGUACAAGCUGCAGACUGGCGUGAAGAAAGACGUCGAGUCUCUAUCGAGGGAGUUGGAGAGCAUCGAGGUUGCUCUUGCCAAGGUCGCCGAGGUGCCAUUGGACCAGCUUGACAAGCAGGUCCGGCUCUGGGCUCGCAAUGUCAAGCAGCUGUCGUACGAGAUGGAGGAUAUCGUAGACAGCUUCAUGGUGCGCGUCAAGGGCUCCGAGCCAGAUGCAGACCUAAAGAGAUCCAAGAGAUUCAGAAAAAAGAUCGCCAACUUCUUCAAGAAAGGCAAGACUCGUCAUCAGAUCGCUGACAAGAUCCAAGAUAUCAAGGUUCGAGUCAAGGAGGUGGCUGACCUGCGUGACAGAUACAAGAUCGACGAUGUUCGUGCUAAUCUGUCUGCAACGAACACCGUUGAUCCUCGCAUAACGGCUCUGUUCAAAGACCAGAAAGAGCUGGUUGGCAUUGAGGAGCCAAGGAAUGAGGUAAUCAAGAGGCUCAUGAUGGAAGGGGGGGAUGAUUGUUUGUUGAACUCCAGGAUGCAGCUCAAGAUACUCUCCAUCUUUGGAUUUGGAGGACUUGGCAAGACAACUCUUGCCAAAGCAGUCUAUGAUAUGCUACAAUCAAACUACGAUUGCAAGGCUUUUGUUUCGGUGGGUCAAAAUCCUAAUCUGAAGAAAGUUUUCACGGAUAUUCUCCUCCAACUUGAUGAGCAGUCUUGUUCGAAUGCAUCGAUGUUGAACGAGGAGCAACUCAUUAGAAAACUCCGAGGAUUUCUUGAAAACAAGAGGUACCUUAUCGUCAUUGAUGAUAUAUGGGACAAGAAUCCAUGGGAUAUAAUGAAAUGUGCUUUGAUUGAUAGUAACUGUGGAAGUAGAAUAAUCACAACAACUCGUAUAUUUGAAGUUGCCGAAGAGGCGGACGAUGUUUACAAGCAAAAGCCACUUUCUUCUGCCACAUCCAAGGAAUUAUUCUAUACAAGAUUAUCUAUUGGUAUAUGCAAGAUUACUUCUGGUCAACCGAUUGAGAUAUCUGAAAAGAUUUUACAGAAAUGUGGUGGCGUGCCGUUAGCUAUCAUCACAAUAGCUAGUCUGUUGGCCAAUAAACCAUGGGAGGAUUGGUCUGAGGUGUAUGACUCUAUUGGUUUUGGAGAUGGAGCUAACAUACACGUCGAUAACACAAGAAAGAUAUUGCUAUAUAGCUACUAUGACCUGCCUUGUUAUCUAAGGGCAUGUUUGUUGCACCUCAGCAUAUAUCCCGAAGACCACGAGAUUCAGAAAGACACUUUGAUAUGGAAGUGGGUGGCGGAAGGUUUUGUCCAUGAGAAACCAGGGAUGGGGUUAUUUGAGAUCGGAGAGAGGUAUUUUAAUGAACUCAUUAACAGAAGUCUGAUCCAGCCGGUGGAGGAGCCAUAUAAGAGCAUCAUAUAUGCUUGCGGUGUGCAUGAUCUGGUGCUCGAUAUGAUCUGUCACUUGUCAAAGGAAGAAAAUUUUGUUAUUGUCCAUGGAAGUAGUAAGACAGAACACCAACCUUCACAAAGCAAUGUCCGCAGGUUAGCUCUUCAAAACAUAGCCAUGGAUGAAGAGCCUAAUUCAGAUAACACAGAGAUACGUCAAGUGAGGUCAUUCAAUGCCAUCAUGUGUGAUGUCAAGAGAAGAUCAUUUCUUUCGGGCUUCCAAGGCUUGAGAAUUCUUUCUUUGGAAAGAUGUACUUUUAUAAAUGAUGGUUCUUAUCACCUUGAGAAUCUUGGAAGGCUACUUCAGCUGAGGUACCUUGGCCUCUUGGAAACACGUACUAUGGAACUCCCAGAAGAAAUAGGCAACCUGAGGUUUUUGCAGGUACUGGACUUGAGGGAAACUGGAAUAAAAGAGCUGCCAGAGAGUGUAGGUCAGUUGAGACGGCUAAAGUGCCUACGCCUUUCUCGUGAUUUCAAAGGAGCACUGGGCUGGAUCGGUAAUCUGGUUUUGCUGGAAGAACUAUUGUUGCCCUAUGUCUCCUUGGAAAUUGUGAAAGAACUGGCCAAGCUCACGGAGUUGAGAGAGUACGGUGCUUGGUUUGAUGCCUUAGUUAAUACUAGUAUACUGUUCAAUAAUAUGAUGGAAUCACUAGAACAUCUGCAGAAGCUCCAAGUCAUACAAUUUACUUGUCUCACUCCGUGGCCGCGUGUUGACCUGGCCUAUGGUGAAGGCUAUGUGCCGUAUUUUGUCUCACUCCGUCGUCUGGAACUGCAUGUCGUAUUUGAAAAACUGCCGACGUGGAUAAAUUCCUCAAGUCUGCCGAACCUCUCUCACUUGACAGUGGGACCGGAUGCCGUGGAGGCGCAGGAUAUGGAGGUCCUCGGGAGGUUCCCAGAGCUCGUUUACCUCGACCUGAAUACUGAUCAUGACGUCAUCAUUCCUGACAUCAUGGGCGGCGGUGCAUUCCCCAAGCUAAGAUACUACGUCACGACUGCAUCUUCCAGGUUCCUGCAGGGAGCCAUGCCCAGCCUUGUCCGGUAUUGCAUCGGCGAUGAGGGCAAUGGUGCCAAGUUCGAGCGUGACAUUGCCAGAGAUAUUUUUGCCUUAUGUCUCCUUAGAAUUUGUGAAAGAACUGGUCAAGCUCACAGAGUUAAGAGAGUACGGUGCUUGGUUUGGAAAGUCUGAUGAUGCCAUAGUUGAUAGUAUAGUGUUUAAUAAUAUGAUGAAAUCUCUAGAGCAACUGGAGAUGCUCCAAGCCAUACAAGUUAGUUGUCUCGUUGGGUGGAUGCAUGUUGGCCGCACCAAUUGCGAAGGCUACGUGCUCUCUCGGCACCUCCGUCGUCUGAAACUGCGGGUCGCAAUUGAAAAACUGCCGGCGUGGUUAAAUUCCUCAAGUCUGCCGAACCUCUCUCACUUGACGGUGGGACCGAAUGCCGUGGAGGCGCAGGAUAUGGAGGUCCUUGGGAGGUUCCCAGAGCUCGUUUACCUCGACCUGAAUACUAAUCCUGACGUCAUCAUUCUUGACAUCAUGGGCGGCGGUGCAUUUCCCAAGCUAAGGUACUACUUCACGAUUGGAUCUUCCAGGUUCCUUCAGGGAGCCAUGCACAGCCUUGAAUGUGUCCAAUGUUACAUCCGCGACGAGCGCAAUGGCGCCAAGUUUGAGCGUCCGAUUCCAAUCAGGUGCACCAAGAGUUUGGACAGAAACGGCGCAUGGCAACACAGGAGGACGGAACCACCAUCUUGAGAAAGUCGACACACACCCAAACAACCUGGAGAUUCGUCAAUCAGCAAAACAUGGCCACGUUGUGGCAAGUACUAAAAUUAUGCAGUUAUUUUAUUGGUGACAAUAUCUUAUUUGAACUAUUUUGUAAUCCCUUAUCAAUUCAAGAUCUUAUUAGAACCGCUUUUGCAAUCUUUUAUUGAUGUAAGAUCAGGCACACCCAAACUACCUUAAGAUGUUGUAAUGCAGUUAUUUUAUUUAAACUAUUUGUAAUGUAUUUUGGUCAAAUUUAGGAUCUACUUGUUGGAAUGAUGAUGCUACAGUACCUUA